CUUUCUUGACUACUCAUGUCUUUCUCUCUCUACCUUUAUUUGAAGGUUUGGGCAUCAAAACAGUGACAGUACAUAGCAGUUGGCUAAGCUCAAAAACCCAAAGUGCUGCUCCUCUGAAUCAAUCUGAUACGGAGGUUGCAGGACUUAUUCGUGAAGAAGAAGAAGAAGUUGCUUAUUCUGUCAGAAUUACGAAAUGGAUAUGGAUGAUUGUGGGAAAUUUGAUACAACAAAGGAGAAAGAAUUAGAAGGUUCCGAUUGGCAAUUUGGAAGUUCUUCAAAUAGAAUGAUUAGAUCGAUGUGUCCUGUUUCUCUCCUAGAUCCAAUCCCUUCUUCUUCUACUUCUUCCCAUUCAUCUGCAACUUUAAUGGCUGCUUUGAGCCAUCAUUCCAACACAUUUGAUAUGGGUUUUAUUCCUUCAAACCAAAUGAUUCCUAGAAUGCUUCCUCAAACUUUGUCCCAACAGUUUCCAACUGAUUCUGGCUUCAUUGAGCGAGCGGCUAGGUUUUCUUGCUUCAGUGGAAGCCAUUUUGGGACAAUACUGAACAACCCUUUUGCCAUUAAUACUGAAUCCAUCAUGAAUACUCACCCACAAGAGACAUUUCCCGCCACUGGAUUUCAUUCAGGUGGAGUAUUAAAUGGAAAUGAAGUAUAUGUUGCUACUGGAACUACUCCUAUUACUAGUCCUGCAGUGAUGAAUGAGAAGAAUAUGCAGUCCAGUGAUGAGGUCCAAGAAGAAGAAACAUCUGUAAUUGGUGAAGAGCCUUCUUCUACCAUUUCCACAAAAGGCCUUAUUAGCUCAAGAAAGAGGAAACGAAUUGGUCAGGAAGAUGGGAAUGAGACUGAAAUUCAAGAGAAAGAAGAGCAAACAACACCACCAGUUUCAACUUCGAAUGGAAAACAAGGUGGGUCUCAAUCUCAAGCUUCGGAUACACCCAAAGAAGAAUACAUACAUGUAAGAGCAAGACGAGGCCAAGCCACUAAUAGCCACAGUCUCGCAGAAAGAGUGAGACGGGAAAAGAUUAGCGAAAGAAUGAAGUAUCUUCAAGACCUUGUACCAGGAUGCAGCAAGGUUACUGGUAAGGCUGUUAUGCUUGAUGAAAUCAUUAACUAUGUUCAGUCUCUUCAACGACAAGUUGAGUUUCUAUCUAUGAAGCUUGCGACAGUUAAUCCACGUCUGGACUUCAAUACUGAAGAGCUGUUUAUGAAAGAUAUUCUCCAGUCCCAAGUUGGUGCUUCGACUGCGGUACUUGGGUAUUCACAGGAACUGGGCGUGCAGUUUCCUUCUUCUCAAGCAAGAAUGAGCCAUCCAGGCAUAACCAACUCAUCAGAUAUCCUUCAGAGACCCUUUAAUCCUCAAUUGUGACAGCCAAUCAGCCAUAGCUGGACAGGGAAUUGCCACUAAAGAGGUUGAAUUUGACAAGAAGAAGAAGAUGAUGAUGCAUAAGCGAAAAAAGAAAAGUUGAUUUGUUGUCAUGUUUGAACAUGUAAGUACGACGUUCUUUUGUAAUCGACAUGGCUUAAAACAAUGCCUUUUAUGAGCGAGGAUAUGAGCUUGGUUGGAAUUUGUAUUUUCUUUCUUUCAUCUAUUUACUUGUCUAGUUUUUAUUUAAACAUAAGAAUGUUGUUACAAUUGACUGAUAUCAGAUGGUUCAAUGAAUUUAAGUGUUUCAGAAUA